AUGUCUCCAGAUAGCGAGUCGCUGGGUUAUGCACGCAAGGCCUGUAUUCCUUGCAGGCGGAGCAAGAGACGUUGUGACAGGACGCUCCCCAGCUGUAACUUAUGUAAACGUAAGGAGGUGGAAUGUGGCUAUCCCACGCGCCAGCAAACAGCAAGCCAUUCUCCAAGACUGACAGUCCAGCAACACAGUCUCCUGGAUCAGGGCCCAGACUCUCCCGCCUGCUCUGCACCUCCGGGGCCCUCGCGCGCCGCAGAGGUCGAUCCCAAUGCCGUCUACUUCAUCGCGCCGCAUAUUUUUCAUCAGGCGCGGCUAGAAUUACCACGGCAAGAGCUUUCUAUUCCGGCCGAGGUACUGAAUUUACUGGGCGACGCCUCCUCCAUCCGUGACAUCUCAACAACAUUCUUCAGGACCGUCCACCGGUGGUUACCCAUCAUUUCCAAAAGGGGCUUUUCCCUCCAUCUGCUCAACCCCUUGGCACGGCGACGCACUGAACUCAGCCUACUUGCUCUCUGUAUGAAAUUAUGUUGCACGCCCCCUGAUGAUGACGCUGGCGUUGCGACGAGGCUGUAUCGAGCAGCCAAGCAGUUCCACUUCGAAGUAGAAACUGCCGGCACUCUGUCUAUUCAUACGCUUCAGGCGAAUAUCCUGAUCGCGCUUUACGAGAUGGCUCAUGCCAUCUAUCCGGCAGCUUACCUCACCGUCGGCGCUUGUGCGCGUCAGGGUCUGGCACUGGGCGCAGACAAGCUCCCGAUGGAUGGGGCGGGUGACGGUAAUAGCAGGACAAGCACAUGGCAAGAGGUUGAGGAGCGGAGGAGAGCCUGGUGGGCGGUGUUGAUGCUUGACCGAUUUUCAAGUUUAAGCAACUCUGCGAGGCCGCUAUCGACUGAGGACCCGCCCUUUGACGCCUUCCUGCCCGUCGAUGAUUCUGUUUGGGACGACUGGUCGUCAGCACCAGGUGAUAGUAUCAGGUUCUCGGCAGGUUUCAACCUAAAGAUGGGAAGCUUUGCUAGGCUAGCACAAGCUACGCAUCUGCUCAGUCAAGCGCUACGGUCGAUUUCGCUGUCAGCUUCGGAAAGGGAUGUGCCUCAGCCUGACGAAACCGCCCAGCUACGACGCACACUGCUUGCCCUCGUCUCCGUUGCAGAUAGAGAGGCGACAGUCCGGAAGCUGGAAUACUGCGCUCCAUCGGCACUCAGCCUGAGUGCAAUAUUGCUGCUCGAAGAGAACAGAGCGCACCAAGAUAACCCCCGUGAUGAUUUCAAGAGCUCAUGGCUAUCAUUCGAGAGUCUUUGGCCAGAAUCCCGCACAGCUUUAAAUCGACUGUCAGCAGCGGCCGUCUCGUAUAGCGCCACCUGUCCAGCUGUACCAGAUGCGCCUCAUAUCGUACCAAUCUUCCUCAUACAUGUCAUGUAUCAGGUGUGUUCCAUUCUCUUGAGAAUCUCUCAAGGCUCCCCCGACGGAAAUAUCCGGGACCAGAUCAGCACCAUCAAGCAUUUCCUUGGACAAAUCGCUACGAGGUGGCGACUUGGAGGGGCCUAUCUUAAAAUUCUAGAAGCUCAGGAAAUCGCGAUAUCAUCGAACUCGGUCGAAACGCAAUUGAGUUUCCUUCCAGCCCAAUUCGAACCUUCACCCUCCUCCUCUACGGAGACGGGGUUCUCAGUCGGGACAGAGCCGAUGGUCUGA